GACAUCUCGUCAUUUCGUUCAUCGGUGCUAGUGCUGGAAACUCGCAGGUGAAUGUGUGUACACGCAGAUGACGAACCACACACAAGCGCUCUGAAAUGGGAUGUUUCAUAGGCUAAGGACUACGACAAACGCCGGGCGGACAGCUGAAUUUGAAGCGGAAUUUUAUAUCAUAUCACAGGCAUGUCCGCUUUUGUGGCCCAUCCCUCGGUUCGUGUCAGAGGAACAGAACACGCAUACACACCUGUGCUGUGUCAGGAUGAGAAGUGUUUGGGGCAGGAGAAAGGAGUGCACAUGCACUGCCCGCUCUGUUCUGUGGCCGAGGCUUACCAAGAUCCCGUCAUCCUGCGAGCUCACUUCCGCAUCAAACACGUGGACAAAGGCAUUGACUUUGCAGGUUUGAAGGUUCUGCGUUGCUGUAUCCAUUGUGAGAUUGUGGGAACUAUUAAAGGAGAAAAGAGGUUUAAAGGUGCGCAUUGGCACUGUUACCGCUGUAGAAAUGGUUUCAACAGGAGGGAUGAGGCCAUCAAACACUAUAAAACACACUUCCGAAAUCCCCACACCACAUUCCAGAUCCAAGUGACACAGAAUGUGAACUGCCGACAGUAUUAUGGUGAGAGCUCAGAGGCUCAUGCUAAAGCAUAUGAAGGGCUGGCAGUGAGUCUUGGAUCAGGAGGAGAUGGCACAAGCAUUGGAUCCAUAUUAACUCACCCUAUCCUGACCACUGGCACUGAAACCCUAUUGACUGUGGAACCAAAGGAAGAUGGUGAGAGAAAUGGGAUCCCACUUGGUGCUGAGGAGGAGGUGGGGUCUUCCCAGAAUUCAUGUGACGGGACACAGACUCUUGUUCUUAUGGACCCUGAUGGACAGGGAAACAGUGUGAUCUAUGACACGGCUACUGGUAUCAUUACUGAACAGGACGCAGAAGGUUUGGAACAGACCCUGCUACAGAAACGACUCCUGGAGCUCCACCAACAGAUGUACACACUCCGUCAGGAGAAGGAGACUAUGGAGAAGACACUACAAGCUGAGAUUAAACAGCUCAAAGAACAGGUUGCAAGUCUGGUUCAAUCUAAUGUUAGGAUGUUUGAGGAACUGCAAGCAUACCAAUGUCCAGAUCACAGCCAGCAGAAGGUGGCCAAGCUUAUGGAAAACCUUGAAGCUCAGCACAAGGAGCUCCUGCAGGCCCAGUUGGCCUCACUCAGGAGGGAGGUCCUGUCAGGAGCAGAUAACAUGCCAAUCAAUGGCCACAAGGGGGCACUGGAGCUCAAUGUGGAUCCAGAAGAGCCACAAACUGAAGUUAUCAGUGGCACUUUAACAGAACUGGAGGAUAUGGAUGUACAGUUACAAACUGAGCAGCAUGAGGCACUAAGAUCCACAGAGCUUGAACUAGUGCCAACUGAUACAAUGUCCUGUUUGGAGAGCCCUGACUUGGACUUAAAUUUGCCAAACACUGGCUUGACUACAUCUAAGGUUUUAGAGGAUAAACGGGAAGUGUCAUUGUCCCUUGUAUCGUCUAAGAAGCGCAGCUCAGCGGAUGACUCAGUAGACGCAGUUGAAAGCAAAGUACAAAGAGUCAGCUGAGAAUGAUUUUACAUUAAAAACACACUCGUCUCCAUUCCUUUUUUUAACUCUUUUUAAAAAUUGCUGUUACCUUGGUCACACAUUUCCAGGUCAAAAAUUCUGUGCUCUGUCUGUAUUCUGUCAUUUUACAAAACAUACAUACAUACAUACACACACAUUUCCAUGAUACAAUAUUUUUUACCUUUUCCAUGCUUAUUUAUGUUUAAAUGCUAGUUUGGCAGUGCUUUUUGAUGUACUCGUAUGCUCUUUUCACUCAAAGAAUGAAUGCAUUGGAUUUCAGUUUGCUUCUUUUGUUCUUUGAGCAUAAGUAGAAGCAUGUCAUCAUGAAUUCAUAAAGUAAACAUAUUGUGAUGAUCUAUGGAAAAA